CAAACACACUCUUAACACGCUCACUCACAGACGCGACAACCUGCGCUUACUAGGCUGCUUCGCCUUUGGAUUCUCCUCACUGGUUUAUUGUUUUUUUUUUGUACGUUUUUGAUGAAUGGGAGCUCGAUUGAUUGAUUGGCGGUCAAUAAGGGGGAAAUGCUGAGAGGUCACGCAGAAGUUCACGCUAGUCGGACUUGAGAAAAAGACAAUUGAGGUAGGUGCAAAGUGCAAAACUUUGUGUAUGUCUUUUUUUCAUGUGUGUUUGGUGUGAUAUUAAGUGUGAAUUAGCAUGUUAAAGAACAUCAGAGUUUUGUUUUAGUAAGUUAAGUCAAUGCCACUUCAGCAGGAUGCUCAUGAGUUGCUUUUUUAUUUAACUAAUUUCAUACAUCUUCCAUGAUUUCUUGGAUUAUUUGUUCCAUUUCAGAGUUGUUAAAUUUAGGUUGAAGUGACUUGAUAUAAUUACGUCUUGUAUUUCCUGCAUCUAAUGAGAGGUUAUUUUUUAAAUUUUUUUAUGACAGUGAUUAGCGUUACUACCAUAUUUUUUCAACUAUAAAUUGCAGAGUUUUUUUUUUUCAUAGUUCGGGGCGAGGGUGCGAUUUAUACUCUGGAGCGACAUAUGUGUGAUUUAUUAACACAUUAUUAUAUCAGUUCACAUGAUAUUUUCAAACUAAAAGGCAACUUUAGCUACGGUACACUAAUUCAGCCUGUUGUUCUUUUCCUUCUCUUCUAUUUUUAUUUUAGAUUGCCUUUCAAGAUGACAUGUCUGUUCUGUGUGUUGGAUUUUAUUCCAAAAAUUCCCCCCAAAAGGCAAUUUAUACUCCAGUGUGACUUAUACAUGUUUGUCCCUCUUCACUGCGCACUUUUUGGCUGGUGCGACUUAUACUCAGAGGGAAGAGGAUGGUCCACCACAGAGAAGAAGAUCGCAUUGGUAUCCCUUUCCCCAAUCACAGCAGCGAUGUCCUGUGCAGCCUCAACGAGCAGCGUCGCGACGGUCUCCUCUGCGACGUGGUCCUCAUCGCGCGUGACCAGGAAUACCGCAGUCACCGCUCGGUGCUGGCGGCUUGCAGUCACUACUUCAAAAAACUUUUCACCGUGGCCAACGGCGAGGACGGGCGCCACCACCAUGCCGCUGCCCCGACACCCUCCGCGGCCAUCUACGAAAUUGACUUCGUGGCUCCGGAGUCGCUCACCGCCAUACUGGAGUUUGCCUACACAUCCACACUGACGGUAACGACGGCAAACGUCAGCGAGAUCCUUAACGCGGCGCAGAUGCUCGAAAUUCCCUGCAUCAUCAAUGUGUGUCUGGAGAUCAUGGACAGCGGCGGGGAAGGGGGUGGGGGAUCUGAAGGAAGGGGGGAAGAGGAAGUAGAGGAAGAUGAAGAAGACGAAGACGGGUCGAGGAAUGACGAUCAGGAGUUUGAUGACGACAGGUCGUCUGAGAGCAGGGGCGAGCCUCUGGGGAUGGACGAUUCGCCGCCACCCAGUACCUCCGCUCACCAGGAGGGGUCGCCUCACAGCAUGCAUGGAAAGCAGGAGAGCCCUGAGAACCGCUCCCUGAAGGACUUCUCCAUCGAGUCGCUCCUCCAGGACGGCCUGUACCCCCGCAUUUCCGCCCUAGACAGAAGGGCCAGCUUCUCCCCCCUACUUCCUGGCUUCUACCCCUCCAUGUGGGCUGCUGACUUUCCCGCCUUUCCCCAGCAUUUGCUGGAUCCCGGGCUUCAUCAGCACUCUCACAUGGGCAGCGGCUCCUCACGGGUACCUGCAGCUUAUCCUGCAUCUGACGCCCCCCUGUCUGGGCCCCUUGAUCUGGCCGUGAAACGAGAAGUUAUCAAAGAGGAGAUGAAAGAGGAAGUAAUUCCUGGUUUGCUCCACGGCAAUUUACUGAAGGACUUUGUCAGUUCGGGGCUGUGCGGCGCCACCAGGUCCGUGCCUUCCUCGGGCCACACCUUGGACGUGGUCAAGGAUGAGGCCGACUUCCGCUCGUACCUGAGCUUCCUGAACUCGGCGUCUCACCUAGGGGCGCUCUUCCCUCCGUGGCAGCUGGAGGAGGAGAGGAAGAUGAAGCCCAAAUCUUCACAGCAGUGUCCCAUCUGUAACAAGAUCAUCCAAGGGGCCGGGAAGCUACCGCGACACAUGAGGACUCACACGGGGGAGAAACCCUACAUGUGCACCAUCUGCGAGGUGCGCUUUACCAGACAGGACAAGCUGAAAAUCCACAUGAGGAAGCACACGGGCGAGCGGCCGUACAUCUGUCUUCACUGCAACUCCAAGUUCGUGCACAACUACGACCUGAAGAACCACUUGCGCAUCCACACUGGCGUGCGGCCGUACCAGUGCGAGCACUGCUACAAGAGUUUCACGCGCUCCGACCACCUGCACCGUCACCUCAAGAGGCAGAGCUGCCGGGUGUCCCGCCCGCGUCGUGGUCGCAAGCCGACCACGUGGCGGUCCGCGCCGGGCACCGGCUACCUGUGCCCGCCCAACACUGCUGCCACCGCGGGAGUUUUGGAGGAAAACGGGUUCAAGUCAUACCAGGACGGUGAGGAGAAGGACAGGGCGGAACGGCAGAGGGGAGUGUUCGCCUUUGCCUUGGCGGGAGACGACGUGUUGGCGCGCUCGCCGUUUUACGUGCCCGCCUCAGACCCCUGGACUGUCAGACUGGAGUGUGCCCCGCCCGUCCCCGAGACAGCUACAUGAACACUGAGCGCAUUAAGAAACUCAAAGACAAAUCAGUGAACUUCCUGACAUUUUAGUUUAUAUUUUUAUGGCAAGAUAACAAUGAAACCACUUCAGAUGAAUCCAUGUCACGUUUAAAAAGCCUCGUGAAUGUUUACAAGCACUUAGGAAGAGGUUGUUGUCAUUGAAAAUCAUAAAAAUCGGUCAAAAACUGACAAAGAACAAAAUCUAUGAGUAGUUCAUACAUCUGCCUCAGGUUUUGAAUUUGAAUACUGCUUUAGAUUUCCUGUGUUGAGCGUGCAUGUUCUUCCAAUAGUUUCCUGGGCUCACACCAUUAACGCAGUAAUGUCCGGGUGUGAAUGGCUGCUGCAGCUUUCCUACUUUUUUUUUUGUCCUAUGAAAUACUACAGCAAGUGACAUUUAACACUAGAAGUCCCAGAGAAUUCUGGUACUCCUACUAGUCCCAAACAAUGGCCGAUAUGGCCUCUCCCCCGGAAAACCCAGAGGUGGCAAAAAUGACCCAAGUGCUUUUGAAUUGGCAAGUCGUUGUCGGACUGACAACAGCCGUUCAUAUGGAAAUGCAACCACUAGAGAUACAUUAACUUCAGACACAAUGACCACAAUCCAUACUCCAUGCCCCUGAUUCAGUCCUUCUAAACUAUAGACACAAUUCCUGCUUUCCACUCAAAUUGCAGUUCUAAAAUGCUUUUUUUCCUUCUUCAAAACAAUGUACACAUUUGGACCAUUCUUUCUGUCGUUAUGUGUGGAGUAUAGGAGAAGUUAAUUAAAAAAUGUGUCAAACGUGUCAAAUUUCACAAAUAAAUGUAAUUAAAUAAAUGUAGCUUGACUUCAACUGACACAAACUAUCACGAGUGACGGAGGAGAGGCCAAAUCGGCCAUUGCUAGGGAAUAUUAGGUGUGUUUGUCUUGGGAAAGGCCAAGUCGGCCUCUGCUGGGUUUUCUAGUGUUAAAUGAUAGCAAACCAAUAUUGGACACAAAUCCGUCCGAAAAAGUGAGAGAAAAGGCUUAAUAAUGAAAUUAGAUCAUAAUUAGUAUUCCUUUCUCAGCUGCCUUAGCCCCACCCACUAAAAAUAUCUCCAAACAGACGAUAGUGUCACACCCAGAAUGAGCAACAUAUAUUUGCAGUCUGCUAGCAUGCUAUCCAUGAGCGUUCUGUCAUGCUGUUAGCAUGUAGUAGCUAGUGGAGCGCUAGCAAGCUAUACAUUAUCAUCAAUUCCGGUUAUGACACAACCAAAAUGCCUGGGGAAAAAAUGGGCGGUCCCUGAUGCAUUGUUUUGGGUGGAAUAACUAUGUAAUGGUAUGUAAACCUACCAUAUUUGAAUGCCACAUUUAUUUUCUAUAUGUAAAAUUACAAAAGUGCAGUCAUUUUCAUUUUCUAACAUAGUCGCCAUUUCAUAGCACCGUUAAAUGGCUGUCGACCUGAGAUCGACUCCAGUGCAUCAUCGAUGCUAAUAAGGGAAAAUGGAAGGCCCCACUAAAGUCACUCGUGAUGCUAAGUGGUAGAAAAAUGGAUGUCUGUCUUUAUAACCUGAACAUUUCCAAGCUUUUAUUUGAUACGCCCUCAAAGGGAACAUACUACGACACGUUCAUGAUCAGAUAAAUGUAAAAUAAUUAUGUAGGUAUCGGAACAUAUAGCAAAAGUCAUACACACAAUCAUGUAUUCAAUGAUAACAACCUUCCUUCCACUGCACUAAUUGUACAUAGCACAAGAAACAGGCUAAAUAAAGCUUCCAAAGACUUUGAUGCUACAUGAUUGAGACGCAAGUCAAUGUUUUAGAAAUAAAAAUGUCAUGUGUCUCGUUAAGAACUCCUCUCAAACACAUUUGACUUGAAAUGGAGGUUAAAAGUACUAUUUUUGUUUGGGUUUUUGUGCUAUUUAUGCCUAUUUAAAUGAAUGAGCUUUGGCUACAUUUUGCAAAAUGUUUUAU